ACUUACCUGUGUGCUGCGCUGGUUCACGAAUCUCGCCUCGUCUCCUCCGUCUCUCAAGUCAUCCAUCUGCUUCACUUACAAAGAUAUACCUGGCAUUUCGCUGAGACGGUUGGGUCCACAAGUCUGCAUUCCUAACCGAUCAGCUGCUUCCGCCAAGCUACCUGUAUUGUCGCUUGGCAUGGCGUCUCUCCAUCGCUGUGCGAAUCCGGUUCUGCAUCCUUUUCCACAGCAGGCAUCGCAAUCCGCCAAUACACGACAAGCAGCAUCUAGAGCAUCCAUUUCUCUCCUCACAACUCAACAAUGUCCUUUCACUGGCGAAAUUGCAAGCGCUCGGAACAUGAAUUUCACGAAUAGGUCAAAGCGUCGGGCGUCACUGAAUGUUUGCCGAGCUGCAUCGGAAGGGGCAGAAGCGUCAGCCGACGAGGCUUCACCACGGGUACCUCGUCAAGCACGGAGAGUCUCCGUUCCGGAUUCUGUUGAUGAGAGCGUUCAGCAGGCUCGAGCAUCAGUGAGGAGGGCGAGGGAAGCAGGCCAUCGGCUCCUGAUGCUGGAGCUGCUCUUGCCGCUCAUCGGGCCAUCGCUUCUGGACGACUGGCCUGGUGGCAUUCAGCAGCAGCUGCAGGCGGCCGUUCCUCUGGUGGAGUCGCUGCUGACAGGGCUGGUGGAUGGUGGGGAGCUCUACACGCGGCGAGUCAUAGAUGAGGGCGAAGCAGUGGUGGUGUGGGAGAGCAAGACGGUUGCACUUGUGCUCUUCCCGACUGCUGAGCGCCUUCCAGCUGUAAUGGAGCUGGCCAAUAGCGAGCCAGAGCGCACGCUUCUGCUCAUGAAUCCCCAGUGGCAGCCAGGCCAGGUGGUGUCAGAUUUUGGUUUCGGAAGCAAGCGCAAAUCAGCGGAAGAGUUCCUGGAAACCUUUCUUACUGUCUACAGUCUGAAACGCACCCGCAUCCGCUCUCGUGAUGUCACCCUCAUCAAGUGCUUUCCCGGCGAUUGGCAGGUGUACAUGUCGGAUGACAGUGGCAGUGGAACCGAUAGCUCUUCCCCUUCAUACGAGAUGAUUGGGACAUCGGAGAAACGACCAAGUUAUCGUGAAAUUGAAGCGAUGCAAAAAGGCAGCAGUCAAGGGAGUGACUCCGGUGGGUGGUUUGGGCGCAUGGCCAAGGAACUCGAGUUUUUGAAGCGUUCGAAGUGAUCAUGCAGGCCCGCGAUUGUCUCUUCCACAAAUAGGUAGGCGUGACCCCAUCGGGGUAGAAAUCGGAUUUAUUGCUUCGGGGCUGAUCUCAUCCAGUGCAAGUACAGUUAUUGGAAAACGAGUUUACAAGCUGCGGGGACAUUGCACAAAGCCGAG